UUUUUCUCCAUUUCAGUCGACCUCCCUCACUGACUGCAGAAAUGUCCUUGUUUAUGCUGCAGUUGGUUUUUGGCGUUGAAUGGAUAUUGUCAACCAUUUCCCCCAGAACAUUAUAUUGAUUAUCUUUGAGAAGUUAUCCGCAUAGCAUCCAUAACUGUGUCCCAAUUCAGGGGGUGCAUUAUGGAUAGUAGUAGUAGUAGUAGCAGCUAGGCUAGUCCGUUUCUAUGGUAACGUGCAAUGUCAAAGUUUCGUCGUCAGUUUCUUUCUAUUAAAUAUGUCUGUUAACGUUUAGUAUUGCGGAUAUUUUAUCGAAGUAAGAUACUCUAACCUUUUUUUGUUUGGGAGUGUAUUUAAAAUUAGGACAUUAGGGUGACAAUAAACAGACUGUGGUUUGACUGAGCACAAUUACUUAGUUGAGAUAUUAGGCUUUAGCUAACUUUUGGCUAGUUUAGCUAUAGCUAGCUAGUUAGCGAGCAUCAUUUCUGAAAAUGGUAGUAUUAUAAAGGUCACCUAACUGAACAAAUAUGGGAAAUAAGAUAUGAUAUUCCCGUAAUUUGGAGCUAUCCAGACACUAAUGACUGCCAGUGUUUUUGUUAAACACUUCAAUUAAACAUUGACAUGGAUAAGACGAAGAUUUGCAGGAACCAGCGCAAUACUAUUAAGACAGAUCUCACUUUGCUGCUGGAGUGUCUCAAGUUUCAGAUGAAAUGCCCCGAUUUACAGAAACAAGCUCUUCUCACUAUUCAUUCAAUCUGCGAAAAGAGAGAGGAUAAUGUGGACCUGCUAAGAGAAAUGGGAGGUGUGGCAUUUGUGUAUAACCUUUCCAAAUCCAGCAUUGUUCAUCCAGAUGUUAAGGAGACUGCACUCUUUACACUUGGCACACUGGCAGAGGCCAACGUCUACUGCAAGAAUUCUCUAUGCAAAAAGGAGACAUUUGCAGACCUUGCUGAUUGUCUAAUGAAAGAGGACAUCCCGCUGAAACAGAAGCGACUCUCUGUUUAUUUGCUGCUUGUGCUGGUAGCCAACAACAAAUUAGGACAGACUUUGGCUCAGACCAGUGGCUGCCUGGACGUGCUACUGAAUCUCUUCAGGGCCACUUUCCCCAUCUCCACUGAAGCCACUUUCAGAGCAGCUAAUGCUACUCAAACUUACCAGCUUUGGACGUCUGUGUCUAGUGCUCUUUGUGGAUGUGUAAACAACCCUCAGAAUGAGGAGGGUCAGCGUAUUUGUGUGGCAGCGUUUCCUGUGAUUAAAAUCUGGCUUCAGCAGCUUACUUUUCCACAGACUGAAAUUUUUCAGCCAAUAUGCACAUUCAUAGCAAUGACAGUGGCCAACAACUCCUGUGUUCAGGAGAGUUUUUCUGCCUGUGGGGGAUUAGAAACUCUCGCUCUUACCCUGGGUCGUCUAGCUUCUGCUGCAGAUACGAGCUUAUUGUCUUGCCAGCUUUCUGUCAUUAUAUCCAAGACUCUGUCAGCUUGCAUCACUGAUAACUCUUCUCUGGCUUCAGGUCUGGCGCAGUAUGAUGUGGUCUUACACCUUUUCUCUUUGCUGGCUAGUCCACACUUGGACCCACAAGACAGGCUUCCUAUUUUACUAAGCCUUGGUUACUGCACUGAGGCCUCUGAGAAGCACCAGUCCCAGCUGAUAUGGUGUGGAGGGCUCUCCAUUAUCAUAACUUUACUCACAGAGGACUCUAGUGAGGAGGUUAGGAGGGCUGCUACAUUCAUAUUGCAAACUUGCAAAAAGGCCACUAUGUGCUCAGGAGUGGGUGAUCUGAUGGCAAAUGAGGAUGAAAAUGUGGAAGCCUCUAAAAACAUUGAGGGGUUCAGGAGUUCAGCCAGAGAAAUGCUACACAGGAUUAACCUCCUAGAGAAGAGAAAGGAUGUCGAGGGUAAUCGGGAAGACACAAAUCUACCAAAUUCAAAUGAGGGGCGGGACCAAAUAUCUCUACCAGCUUUAAAUCUGCCCCUGCACAUACCACAAAAGGAGGGUGUUGAAGCUAUCCCCAGAAACAUAACUGAGAGGAGGAAUAAUGGUGAAAACAAGGAAUUGACCUCCGGGUUUAGUUCUGACAAAGAAACCAGUGAAGGUGACGUCAGGUGUUCAAUGUGCAAGGGUACUGGAGUGCUCAUGUCUUCUCAUUUCCUGCCACUAGAGGGAGCCAGUAAGCAACUUGAGGCAAACAGUCAGCGGUUUAAGCCACUAUUUCCAGUGAGGUACACAAAACCAAGUGAGAUUAAGUGUAUUGAAGAGUUACAGCAUACUGAUAUGGAGAACGUGAUCAAAGCCCCAGUCCGUUAUAGUCGAUGUGCAGCCUGUGUGUUACCUUUUGAGGAAGUGACCAGUCACACUUUUGAGUCUCUCCAAAGCUCUUGCCACCAAAGCUGUGACAGGCACAAGUUUCUCAGAGAGGCCACCGAGUGCUUCAAAAUGCAUCACUGCAAGCUCGUGUUUGAGAAGGAGCACCAGGAUGCCGCUGAGGCUGAGAGAUAUUCAACAGCAGAGCCGCAACGAAGCUGCAAAAACUGGACUGGACGUUCUGAAGGUGAACGAAAGGUAAAUAAUAAGAACACUCUGCCAGAACGCCGUUGGAGAAAGCACAAUGGCGUCACAUUGGUUCCACUACAAAGAAGAGCUAAAAAGACAACAUUCGCCUCUCAUAACAGGACUGAUAUUGAGAUGGGAGGGAGGAGUGGUCACCAUAACAGUCAGCUGAAGAUUGACAUAAAUCACAGUUCUACUAAAAGGAAGAGAAAGGACUUCAGCUGUGAGGAGGUGGGCUACCUGCUGUCUGGAGUAAAGACGUAUGGCUUCUCUUGGAACUUAAUCUUGUGGUCAUAUCCCUUCCAGCCUGGGCGCACCAAUGUUGACUUGGCCAAGAAGUACAGGCGAAUAAUGAAACAUAAGGCCCAGGAUGCCAGCCGUGCAGAUUCUUGAUCCUUGUUCAACCUAGGAUUUGUAGAUCAGCUGACUGGAUUUACCCGUGAGGCCUUCAUUCUCACUUCAAAAAACAUUUCAAUAAUUUUUUUAUGAUUUCCAGCAGUCUAUAUUCCUUAUAGUUAUAUUAUACCUGAUGUACUAAUUUUAGUGAUUUGUGGUUUCAAUGCAAUAUUGUCUCAAACCUGUUUGAGUUAUGGUUUGAAAAUGAAAAUAUCGCUGUAGAUGUUAUUUAUUUGUGAUUAUUUGUUCAUGGUUUAUGUUCAUCUGGGAGUUUCUUUGAGAAUGAAUUGUGCCCGAAUGAAAUAGAUAUUAAAAGGUAGAUUUAAGUGAUGCAAAAGCACCUAUUGUAUAAUUACUAUAUCGUACCGUAUAACAGACUAACUGGCCUUUGAACAGUGUGUUCAGAUAGUCGGUAUAAGUAUAGUUUUCAACAUAUUUAUUUUUCUGUAUCAUAACUGUUUUAAGUCCAGGUCAGAUUUACUGUAUGGCAGUUUGGAUAUAACCUGGUCAUUAAAAUGACUGUGGCUUCUUGUUUUUUUAUUUUAUAUGCAUGUUAAAGAAAGUGGUGUCUGUUUCACCAGUUAUUAACCUGAGUUGUUUUCCAUAAAGUUUUCAGGUAAAAAAAGACUAUUUAGAUUAUGUCUGAUUGCUUCUUUUGCUUAGACCCUGUUAAGGUCUUGACAUAGAGCAUCACAGAAGCAAAUGCCAAGUCCUGCUUUCUUUGUUUUUGUGCUUCAGUUCACAGACAGGAAAUCAACAAGGGGAGAGGGGACUCAGGUCAAGCACUUUUGUUUAUUGAGCUGAAAGCCUCUGGUAUGACAGGAAUCACAGUGCAAAUCAAACUGCUUAUCUUUCCCAGUGUGCCUCAAGAAGCAGCUCAGUCUGCAAAAUGUGUCCUUUAAAGCUUAGCUUGACUGAGAUCAUUGUCUAGAGUACCUCUCCCAUUCUGUGGGGACUCAUCAGUGUGUUGCUAAAAUCAUGGGUCUUCCCCAUUUUCCAUGCCCUGGGGCGUAGGCUGUAAUAGUUUGAGACCUCAUAUAAUAAUGGAAGGGUGAAAGGGAAAUUUUUACUGGUGAUAGUGUAUACCCUGGCAUUAAGCUUUUCCCUUCAUUGAUUUGUAUUUCUGUUGAAUUGGCAAAGUAAAUGAGCAAAUUAUUGCUUAUUUACAUUUGCAAGUAAACCCUCUUUCAAUUCUAAGCUUUUGCAUAUCAGGAUAUUUUUAAAAAAUCAUCUGGUCCUUACCAUGUUCUAAAAUUACUAAAAAAAAAUACAACAACCUAAAAUGAAAAACAACACAACAUAUUACACUAUAUUUAUUUAACAAAAAGCUAAACUGCAGAAGUGGUAUGUGAAAAACUAACUACACCCAUGUAGCUUGUAAAACCACCUUUAAUAACAAUAACGUGAAGUAAUCAUUUUCUCUAUGACUAUCAGUCUUUCACAUUAUUGUCGAGGAUAUAAAAGACUAAUACAUGGCCUCACGUGAGACUCUAGACUGAUGUACAGAGGAGUUCACUGUCGACUUAAUGACUGCAAUGUGUCCAGAUCCUGUAGCUGCAAACUGAGCCCAAAUAUUCACCCCUCCACCACCGUGCACGUGGAGAUAUCCACACCUGGGAAGAUUGGAAACCGUCUUAAAUGUUUUCCACUCAUGAAAAAAUGGGCAAUGCUCCAAACCAGCACUCUGCCAAAAUCUCUGCUUUUAUAGAGGUGCAAACGUUUGCUAAUUAUCAAUUAAUCAAAUGUAUUUGGUUAGCAGCACCUGUCGGCUGCUUUUCACACACUGCUUCUACACUGUGGUUAAAUCUUGUUAUGAUGUAAUAUCUGAGGUUGUGGUUACCCAGUUUUAGGUUAUUUUUUAUGACCUGAUAAAUUAAACCACAGUAUUGCAAAAGUGUGUGCUUUCUUUCCACAUGACUGUAGAUUAAAGUUUUAAGGCAUUUAGGAGUGGCCUCUCAUACCAGUCCUGACUACUCAGACAAGAUUUUGGGAUAGCAAUGUAGUGUAAGCAAGGGGAGGCAUGUGAGGAACAGAUUUCUCAUGGACUGAAAUGCAGUCACACUGAAGACUUUUGACCCAGGCCCCAUGAAAAUCUCCUUCCUCUGGAAAGAAUGUGGCUUAGUCUCCCCCCUUUCUCCUCCCUCCUCUGAUGUCCUCUCUCCCACGAGACAGUGAGAAGCUCCAGUCCCUCUUAAAUGAACUGGGAUUUGCUACAUAGAUUUCUAUUGCCAUUUGCAGAGUGCCCCGUACAUGUAGUAUGUCAAACAUGCCCCGAAUAUCUGCUAUUUUUCCUCCCCCACAAAAAUCCAUUCCCAGAAUCUUCAGUGUGACCAGAUACUAUAAAAUAUACUUUUGAAAAACAGGGAGCAAGAUUGUUAUGUGUAAAUGCCAGUUUAUUUUCAAAGGCAACUACUUGAAAUUGAAAAUUCAUUUAUUUUAUUUAAAAUUGCAUAAGAUGACAAUCAUUCUGAUUAGUGGAUUAUUGAAAAUGCCAAGUAUUACUAUGUUAAUUCAUAAAUGUGUAGUAGAUACUUGUAACCAGUUGUGGAAUGCAUAUGCCGUUUCCAGCUGAAGUUGCAUUCUUUGUCCUUUACAUUUCUUUCAUUAACCUUCUUUUCAUUUUUCUUUUUGUUGCAAAUUUUUUUAAAACAAAAAAACUGCUCAAAUAUAUACAAGACACAUUUAAUUUCUGCCUAGAUCUUCAUAGAUGAAGAUCUCUGUCUAAUAAUGAAGUAUUCUAGGUCACUCUUCUUUCCAUCACAACACACACAUGUACACACACACUGCUUUUCGGCACCUUUGGUUCAUUUAAAAUAAAAAAAAAAGGCUAUAUUAGCAUUAAUGUGGGCACUUAGGGUGAGACAAACCACUGUUUUUCGAUCCAUUCACAAUUUAGAUUUAGAGGGUUUCACUUCCUUCAUGAAUCCUCUGAUUGAUUUACAUCAGCUCAGUAGAUGUGCUCAUGUCUGUGAUGGGAGUGUCAUCA